UGGCCUCAGCGCUUCUGGGUUCGGUUGUGACGAGGAAGGAGCUAGCGAAUUAGAGUCCUCGGUAAGGGGGUUUGUUAGAAGUCUGUCUUUGGCGGGGAUUAGGGUUUCCCUGUGGUGACAGCAUCCGUGGCCUCGGGAACACCAUGUCAUUAGAUUUUGGCAGUGUGGCACUGCAGACACAAAAUGAAGAUGAAGAGUUUGACAAAGAAGACUACGAAAGGGAGAAAGAGUUGCAGCAGUUGCUCACCGAUCUGCCGCACGAUAUGCUGGAUGAUGACCUGUCCUCCCCCGAGCUCCACUAUUCCGACUGCAGUGAGGAUAGCACAGAGGGAGAACUACAUCGCUCUGAGCAAUUGGAGAUGAACUGGCGUGAGCAUCAGGUGCUGCCUAAAUCUCAAAGUGUAAAUGACUAUGAUGAGAUUCGGGAUGUAUAUAUUGGAGAGAAAAGUAGCAACGGCUGGGAAGACAAUCAAAGUAAGAAUGACGACCAGCAUCCUGGCUACCAUCCCAAAGAAGGUGGAGGUGAAGGUGGAAGUGGCUAUAGUCCUCCAAGUAAUUAUGAACAGACAGAUUUAUAUCACCUUCCUGAAAACUUUAGGCCGUAUGUCAAUGGUCAGAAGCAGGAAUUUAAUAGUCAGCCAACCCAUGUAAUUAAAUUUUCAGAUCCUCAAAGGAAUCGUUUCCAGGGGCCCAGUUGUCAAGCUUUGGAACCAUAUAAAGUGACAUAUAAACCUUAUCAGUCUUCUGCCCAGAAUAAUGACUCACCAGGCCAGGAGAUAGCAGGAAGUGACACAUUUGAAAGCCUGCAACAACAAUUUUUAGGAGCUAAUGAAAAUUCUGCAGAAAAUAUGCAGAUUAUCCAACUUCAGGUUCUUAACAAAGCAAAAGAGAGACAACUAGACAAUUUAGUUGAAAAGUUAAAUGAAAGUGAGCAUCAAAUUAGAUAUCUGAAUCAUCAGCUUCUAAUAAUCAAAGAUGAAAAAGAUGGUUUGACCCUCAGCCUCCGAGAAUCUCAGAAACUCUUUCAGAAUGGAAAAGAAAGAGAGCUACAGCUUGAAGCACAAAUAAAAGCACUGGAGACCCAAAUACAAGCGUUUAAAGUGAACGAAGAACAGAUGAUUAAGAAGUCCAGGACAACUGAAAUGGCUCUGGAGAGCCUGAAGCAGCAGCUGCUGGACCUCCGUCAUUCGGAAUCACUUCAGCGUGCUAGAGAGCAGCAUGAGAGCAUUGUGAUGGGCCUCACGAAGAAGCAUGAAGAGCAAGUGUUGUCCUUACAGAGGAAAUUGGACGCUACCAUUACUGCACUUAAGGAACAGGAAGAUAUCUGUUGUCAUUUGAAAGAUCAAGUGAAAGAACUGGAAAGGAAUCAAGAAGCAACCAAAUUAGAAAAGACUGAGAUUAUUAACAGAUUGACGAGGAGUCUAGAGGAGAGUCAGAAGCAGUGUGCCAACUUCUUGCACUCAGGCUCUGUACAGGAGGUGGCUCAGCUACAGUUCCAGCUGCAGCAAGCACAAAAAGCACAUGCUAUGAGUGAAAACAUGAACAAGGCUUUGCAAGAAGAAUUAACAAAACUAAAAGAUGAAAUUUCUCUCUAUGAAUCUGCUGCAAAAUUAGGAAUACUUCCGAGCGACUCAGAAGGAGAAUUAAAUGUAGAACUCACUGAAUCAUAUGUGGAUUUGGGUAUUAAAAAAGUCAACUGGAAAAAAUCCAAAGUGAAGAGCAUUGUACAGCAAGAAGAGCCAAAUGAUGAGCUUUCGAAAGAUGAAGUCAUUCUGAAGCUGAAAGGAGAAGUGCAGCGUUUGCUGGGGAGCAACUCAGUGAAGCGUCAUCUGGUGUCUCAGUUACAAAAUGAUCUCAGAGACUGUCGUAAGAAAAUUGAAGCUCUCCAACAAGUGGAGAAAGAUGAAAAGAGCAUCACGGUUGAGGCUAAAAUAGAGACCUCAGAAAACCUAACUAAUCAAUUAUGGCCUGGCUGUUCUACUUCUAAUACGAUUGUCAAAGAUGAUAUUCUGCGACUUAAAAAUGAAAUUCACGUUUUACAACAACAAAAUCAGGAACUUAAAGAAACUGAAGAAGAACUGAGAAAUACAAAUCAAGACUUAUGUAGUCAGAUGAGACAAAUGGUACAAGAUUUUGACCGUGAUAAACAGGAGGCCGUGGAUAGGUGUGAGAGGACUUACCAGCAGCACCAUGAAGCCAUGAAAGCCCAAAUACGGGAAAGCCUGUUAGCAAAGCAUGCUUUGGAGAAGCAGCAGCUCUUUGAAGUCUAUGAGGGGGCUCGCUUGCAACUUAGGUCUGACUUAGAUAAGAUGAAUAAGGAGAUGGCUGCUGUGCAAGAAUGUUACCUGGAAGUGUGCAGAGAGAAGGACGAUCUGGAAUCGACUCUCAGGAAGACCAUUGAAAAGGAGCAACAGGCUCAGGAGAAGAGACAGCUAUUGGAGGAAAGAGAAGAAUAUGUAAGCAAACUGCAGGUGGAACUUGAAGAAAAGUACCAAGAUACCCUUAUGAUGGAAAAGAACAAGUGGCUGAAAGAACAAGAAACUGAUAUUAAGCAGCAGGUUGAAAAUGAAGUGAUGUUAGCCAAAUCACAUUGGGAUGAGGAACAGAAAGAGAUCAAACAAGAACUUAUUCAACAGCUUGAAAAGGAGUGGCAGUCUAAGCUGGAUCAAACCAUAAAGACCAUGAAAAAGAAGACUUCAGAUUGUUGCAGCCAAACUGACCAAGUAACCGCCAUGGAUGUUAUUUCCAAGAAAGAGAUGGCAAUCGUGAUAGAACAGAAGCGGAAGAUCCAGCAAGAUUUAGAGCAAGAGAAGGAGACAGCUAUCAGUGGGGGCUUGAAGAAACUAGAGGCUGAAUUAGAACUCAAAUACUGUGAAAAGAUUGCCAAACAGGUAGAAACAGCUGUACAAAAUGCUCGUCAUCGAUGGCUGGAAGAAAUGCCUGACCUUGCAGAGUAUAAAGCACGUGUAAGAGCAGAACAGAAGAAGUGGGAAGAACAACAAGACAUCACUGUGGCCAGACGGAUAUCAUUUGCUAUUUCUGAAGCUAAAGAGAAAUGGAAAAGCGAGCUUGAAACUAUGAAGAAAAGUGGAAUACCUGGAAAAGAAUUGGAAGAGAAGAUUCAUUCUCUUCAGAGAGAGCUUGAGUUAAAGAAUGAGGAAGUCCCUGUGGUUGUCAGGGCUGAGCUGGCGAAGGCCCGGAGUGAAUGGAACAAAGAAAAGCAAGAAGAAAUCCACAGAAUUCAAGAACAAAAUGAACAAGAUUACCGGCAAUUUUUAGAUGAUCAUCGAAAUAAAAUUAAUGAGGUGCUUGCGGCAGCUAAAGAAGACUUUGUGAAACAAAAAACUGAACUACUUCUUCAGAAGGAGACAGAAUUGCAAACAUGUCUAGACCAGAGUCGUAGAGAAUGGGCUACGCAGGAAGCCAGGCGGAUCCAACUGGAAAUCUAUCAGUAUGAGGAAGACAUCCUCACUGUACUUGAAUUUCUCUUGAAGGACACCCAAAAGGAACAUAUCAGUGGUUCAGAGAACAAGCAACUCUUGGAACUUGUGUCAACUUGUUCUUCAAAAUGGGUGUCUGCCCAAUAUUUUGAAAAACUAAAGGCCUGCAUACAGAAAGCAUUUCAAGAUAUCCUCUCCCUAGCUAUAGAAAAUACCAACUCUGAGUGGGAAAAGAGAAAUAUGGCCAAGAUCUCUAAGGAUCCUGCCACAGAGGUCACUGGCAGAGGAGACCCUGGAGUCCUGGCAGUCCUUCCUGCACCUAAUUUUGGACUCUGUGCUCAGACCUUGGCUUUGCAAAAAACGGAAGCAGAAGCUGAUAAGAAAAAGAUCCUUGAAAUUAAAGAUUCAUGCUGUGGACACUGCUUCCAAGAACUUGAAAAGGCAAAGCAGGAAUGUCAAGAUCUGAAAAGAAAACUGGAGAAAUGCUGUAGGCAUCUUCAGCAUUUAGAAAGAAAGCACAAAGCUGUAGUGGAAAAAAUUGGAGAAGAGAACAGUAAAGUUGUUGAAGAAUUAAUAGAAGAAAACAAUGACAUGAAGAGUAAAUUAGAAGAACUGAGAACACUUUGUAAAACACCACCAAGGUCAUUGUCAGAAGGGGCCAUUGAAAAUGCUUGCCUGCUGUGCAAUGGGAGGGCCUUGGAAGAACUUCGUGGACAGUACAUUAAAGCUGUAAAAAAAAUUAAGCGUGAUAUGCUUCGUUAUAUUCAGGAGAGUAAGGAAAGAGCCGCAGAAAUGGUAAAAGCAGAGGUAUUGCGAGAACGUCAAGAAACCGCCCGAAAGAUGCGCAAAUAUUACUUGACUUGCCUCCAACAGAUUUUGCAGGAUAAUGGAAAACAGGAAGGGGCUGAGAAAAAGAUUAUGAAUGCUGCUAGCAAACUUGCUACAAUGGCAAAAUUGCUGGAAACGCCGAUUUCUAAUAAAUCCCAGAGCAAAACUACACAGUCAGACCAAAAGUUGUGAAAAAUCUCUGAAAGAAAGACUGUAUAAGAUUGAAGAUGGAAACAGUUGAAAACUGCCAGAAGAUGACAGCUGUAAGUAGGAGCAUUAUUAAAACUGUUCCACAUGUGAAGGCAGUAUGUUGUAGGGGAUACCAGUGAGGUAAGUGUAAUUAGUUGGUGUUCUAGAACAACAGUAACCAGAUGGGUUCACUCUCUUUAUUCAUCCUUCUGCUUUCCCUUCCCCUGCCCCCAACAUUGGGCUGGAGUAAGAGCAACAGGAACAAAGAGUGUCAGAACAGGGCAAGGCUCCAGAUGGCUAGUUACAUCAAGGAGGAACUUAGAGCCCACAUGCCCCAAGUACCAGCUAUUGCAUUUUUCCAGCCUUCAGCUUGUUCCUUUUACUACACUCAACUUUGUUAAACAAGCUGAUACCAUACUCAGAACAUCUAUGAGAUAAGCAUUCAACCAAGGAUCACCAAAUACCUAUAGAAAGCCAGCACCAUGAUAAAAGACACCAAACUCAAAAUAAGACAAGGCAGAAAAAUCCAAUACAAUUUAUACCUAUGGAUACAAGUAAUAGAACAAAUAAAAGGACCUGAGAAUUUUAGCAAAGUAUAGUAGUCUCAAAAGGAAGUAAGAACUGCAGAGGAAAAUAAUAAACACGCCUAACAGGUUUACUAUUUUCAAGGAAAGGAUAUAGUUAUUGAUAACUCUAGCCAUUGCUAGAAAAAUACAAAUUUAAAUAUGUGUAUUAAGAUUUUAGGCUAGCCAAUAGAAAAACAGAAUAUAUAACUCUCAAACUAGUAGGGGAAGAUUUGUAAGAAAAGGUUUCAAUCUAACAGAGUCACGAAAGAGGAAAAAUACAACUAGAAAGCAUGGGUCAAUAAAAAACUAUUGUAGGGUCAAACAUCAGCAAUCACACUAAACAUAAAUAUGUUAAACUCACUUAUUAAAAGACCAUAAUUACCAUUUUUUAAAAAUUCAGACAUAUGUUAUUUCUAUGAGAACAACAUCAAAAAUUCAAAGUGAAGGAAUUGAGAAUAAUAUACUAAGCAAUGAAGUGUUGAUAUUAGAUAAAUUAUAAAAUUAAAUACAACAUUAAGCAAAUUAUACUUGAAAGGGAGUAAAGUGAAGUUGCUAAUGGUAAGACUCCUAAGAACCUAUAAAUGGGUUCUUUCUGUUCAUAAUAAAAUAGCUUUAGAAUAUAUAAAGCAAAAGCUGAUGGAAAUGUGUGAAAAAUUAAUAAAUUGCCAGUCACACUGGGGGAUUUUGAACAUAUCUGUGGGGAAAUGGGGCUUUUGAAUUUCUAGAAAGCUUGAAGCAGAGAUUGUUCAGGAAUCCAUAAGUCUGAUAUUGGUAGACAUUCUUUAAAAAAGCACAAAGGUUAUUUGUUUAAAUUUGGGAGUGGUGAUGUGGAACUUGAGUGUAAAAGAUUUGGGGGCAACUGUGCAAAUGUCCUAAUAAAAGCAAACCCUUUUUAUGAUCUAGGGACCAAGGUACGCACCUGAGGUAUGGUUUCUCUGAUUUUAUGUUAUGUGGCUGCUUUGCUUCUGAUCAGAUUUUAUGUCUUAGGUACUUAAAUCAGAAAUUCCAUUUUAGCUUUUACUCUGUGUGUGUGUAGGUGUGCUUAUGCUGGCAUUGGGCGUUGGGGUUCUUCUAGCAAAUUUUCUUCAUCGGAGCAGAAUUGGAAACGUGGCAGUUGGCUCUUAAAAUGUGAUAUCUGUUGCAGAAAAUAAUCAGAUGCAUGACAAUAAAGUCAGAUUUUAGUAACAAAAUUGCUUAACUUUAUUUAAUGGAUAUGUAAAAUAAUAUUUUUAAAUGUCCAGCAUUGGUGUAUUUUCUUUGAGAAUGAUUAAAAUAUAACAUUCUUUGGAAAUACAUGAAAACAUAAUUAUUUUUCCUCCUCUUUCAAUGUUAAUUUUCUCCUAAUUUUGUUUUCCCCUAAUUUUGUGUUCCCUUGUAUGUAAUAGUACUACCUCUGACUUCAGAGAUGCUGACUGGAGUUGAAAAAUCAAAAAGAAAUGAUGUGAAUCAGAACACACCACGUCACACUGACAGCAAAUCAAACAGUACACAAACGAUCCCCAGAAGUAUGUGUGACCAAGUUCCAAAG